AGUCCAUAAUAGAAAACCCUUAAUAUCCUAAAAUUCCUUCAUAGAAAAGUACUCACCCUAAACCCAAAAGGUCAAUUUACCAAUUUAUUUUUUUUAUAGUUCCCAUGCACUUAACGUAAGAAAUCCUUCACCUUCACUUCUAAAAUCUCUCUUUUCCCAAAUCCACCAAUCUCACUCACACACAAAUCAGAAUUCACACCCACAUACCAACACAAUCUCUCUGAAUUGAAACCCACCAUGUUGAUUAAAGGGCAUCAAAUUAAGGCACCAAUUUUGGUCCUCAAUUUGUUCCUUGUCCUAAUUUGUUCCACAGCUUCUUCCGUCAACGUUGUUGAAUCAAGGAAACUUGAUGAGACCACUCCAGUGCCUGCCACAAACGGUACUGAAGAAAAGUGUGGAUCAUGUGGUGGUACCACUUAUCCGUCGCCACCGCCACCGUUACUACCACCACCGUCGCCACCACCGCCUUCACCAAAGAAAACACCACCCUCUCAGUAUUGUCCGCCACCACCACCGUCAUCGUUCAUAUACAUCACGGGGCCGCCGGGGAACUUGUAUCCGGUCGACGAGAAUUUCAGCGGAGCCACCAGCCAUCACCGGAGCUUCGCCGCCGUGUUGAUGCCACUUUUGGUUGGCUUGUUUAGCACGCUAGCGUUUUUGUGAUUUGCUUGUGAUGAAGAAGGUAAUUAAUUAAUAAUCACCAUGUAUCAUUCAGAUCAUUCUAAAUUCAGUGAAAGAAUUUUAUGGUUUAUGAUGUUAUUGUUAUAUUUAUGAAUACCAAGAAUUUACAUAAGGUACGGCAUGGAGAAUUUUGUAAUCGGUAAUUAGUGUUUGACACUAUGCUCUCUUCUUCUUUUUAUUAUGUGAUCACAGCCUGUUCAAUGAUAACAAUCUCUCUUGUAA